GGGUCGGCGGCGGGUCUCUCCCGGCACACGCAGCAGCAGCAGCAGCAGCCAUGAGCAGCGCCGCUACCGCCACCUCCGCCGCCACCACGGCCGGCAGCGGCGCGGGGGAAGGGGCCGAGGAGGCGGCCAAGGACUCGGCGGACAUCGCGGCGUUCUUUCGAUCCGGGUUUCGCAAAAAUGAUGAAAUGAAGGCUAUGGAAGUAUUGCCAAUUUUAAAGGAAAAAGUUGCAUACCUUUCAGGUGGCAGAGAUAAACGUGGAGGUCCCAUUCUAACAUUUCCAGCUCGUAGUAAUCACGACAGAAUACGGCAAGAAGACCUUAGAAGACUAAUUUCAUAUCUAGCGUGUAUUCCUAGUGAGGAAGUAUGUAAACGAGGAUUCACCGUCAUUGUAGAUAUGCGUGGGUCAAAAUGGGACUCCAUAAAGCCUCUGCUGAAGAUUUUACAGGAAUCCUUUCCAUGUUGUAUUCAUGUUGCACUGAUAAUCAAGCCAGACAAUUUCUGGCAGAAACAGAGGACUAACUUUGGCAGCUCUAAGUUCGAGUUUGAGACAAAUAUGGUGUCUCUGGAAGGCCUUACCAAAGUAGUUGAUCCUUCUCAGCUAACCCCAGAAUUUGAUGGCUGUUUGGAGUACAACCAUGAGGAGUGGAUAGAAAUCAGAGUUGCCUUUGAGGACUACAUUAGCAAUGCAACCCAUAUGCUGUCCAGACUGGAGGAACUGCAAGAUAUAUUGUCAAAAAAGGAAAUGCCUCAGGACCUGGAAGGUGCUCGCAAUAUGAUAGAGGAGCAUUCACAAUUAAAAAAGAAAGUCAUUAAGGCUCCUAUUGAGGACCUUGAUGUGGAAGGACAAAAGCUGCUCCAGCGGAUACAGAGCAGUGAUAGCUUUCCCAAAAAGAACUCUGGGUCAGGGAAUGCAGACUUACAGAACCUUUUACCCAAAGUGUCCACCAUGCUGGACAGGCUGCACUCAACACGGCAGCAUCUGCAUCAGAUGUGGCAUGUGCGGAAAUUGAAACUGGACCAAUGCUUUCAGCUCAGGCUGUUUGAGCAGGAUGCUGAAAAGCUUAGAAAUCCAGAGAGCAGGUGUGUCUCAUUUGCUGAGAUACAGCAAAGAUUUCAAGACCAUUGUGAGCAGAUGUUUGACUGGAUCACACACAACAAAGGUCUGUUUCUGAACAGCUACACAGAGAUUGGAACCAGUCACCCCCACACGAUGGAACUCCAGACACAGCACAAUCACUUUGCCAUGAACUGUAUGAAUGUGUAUGUAAACAUAAGCCGCAUCAUGUCAGUAGCAAACCGCCUGAUCGAGUCUGGCCAUUACGCCUCACAGCAAAUCAAACAGAUUGCCAGUCAGCUGGAACAGGAAUGGAAGGCAUUUGCUGCAGCCUUGGAUGAACGUAGCACAUUACUGGACAUGUCCUCCAUCUUCCAUCAAAAAGCCGAACAGUACAUGAGCAAUGUGGACUCAUGGUGUAAAGCCUGUGGUGAGGUGGAGCUUCCCUCAGAACUGCAGGAUUUAGAAGAGGCUAUCCAUCAUCAUCAAGGGAUAUAUGAGCACAUUACCUUGGCUUACUCUGAGGUGAGCCAAGAUGGGAAGUCACUCCUUGACAAACUUCAGAGACCUUUGACUCCGGGGAGUUCUGAUUCCCUCACCGCAUCUGCCAACUACUCAAAAGCAGUUCAUCAUGUCCUGGAUGUCAUCCAUGAAGUAUUGCAUCACCAGCGCCAACUGGAAAAUAUCUGGCAGCAUCGGAAGGUCCGGUUGCACCAGCGGCUUCAGCUCUGCGUAUUUCAACAGGAUGUUCAACAGGUGUUGGAUUGGAUUGAAAACCAUGGAGAAGCUUUUCUUAGCAAACACACUGGAGUGGGAAAAUCCCUGCAUCGGGCCAGAGCUUUGCAGAAACGCCAUGAAGACUUUGAGGAGGUUGCGCAGAACACAUAUACGAAUGCAGAUAAGCUUCUAGAAGCAGCAGAGCAGCUUGCUCAGACUGGAGAGUGUGACCCGGAGGAAAUUUAUCAGGCUGCCCAUCAGCUUGAAGACCGGAUACAGGAUUUUGUCAGGCGUGUGGAGCAGCGCAAGAUCCUGCUGGACAUGUCUGUGUCCUUUCACACUCACGUUAAAGAGCUGUGGACGUGGCUUGAAGAGCUACAGAAGGAACUGCUUGAUGAUGUCUAUGCUGAGUCUGUGGAGGCUGUCCAAGACCUGAUUAAACGUUUUGGUCAACAACAACAGACCACUCUGCAGGUUACAGUCAAUGUCAUAAAAGAAGGUGAAGAUCUCAUACAGCAACUAAGGGAUUCUGCCAUUUCUAGUAACAAGACCCCCCAUAACAGCUCGAUCAACCACAUAGAGACAGUCCUGCAGCAGCUGGAUGAGGCCCAGUCUCAGAUGGAGGAGCUUUUUCAAGAACGCAAGAUCAAACUCGAGCUGUUUCUGCAGCUCCGCAUAUUUGAAAGAGAUGCAAUAGAUAUAAUUUCAGACCUUGAGUCUUGGAAUGAUGAGCUCUCUCAGCAGAUGAAUGACUUUGACACUGAAGAUCUUACAAUAGCAGAACAGAGGCUCCAGCAUCAUGCAGACAAAGCCCUGACCAUGAAUAACUUGACCUUUGAUGUCAUCCACCAAGGGCAGGAUCUGCUGCAGUAUGUCAAUGAAGUGCAGGCAUCUGGUGUGGAGCUGCUUUGCGACAGAGACGUGGACAUGGCCACCCGUGUGCAGGACCUGCUGGAGUUCCUGCACGAGAAGCAGCAGGAGCUGGACGUGGCGGCGGAGCAGCACCGCAAGCACCUGGAGCAGUGCGUGCAGCUGCGGCACCUGCAGGCGGAGGUCAAGCAGGUUUUGGGCUGGAUCAGAAACGGAGAGUCAAUGUUAAAUGCUGGGCUUAUCACUGCUAGCUCUUUGCAGGAGGCAGAACAGUUACAGAGGGAGCAUGAGCAGUUUCAACAUGCAAUAGAGAAAACACAUCAAAGUGCCCUGCAGGUUCAGCAGAAGGCAGAGGCAAUGCUGCAGGCUAAUCACUACGAUAUGGAUAUGAUCCGGGAGUGUGCAGAGAAGGUCGCUUCCCACUGGCAGCAGCUGAUGCUGAAGAUGGAGGACCGUCUCAAGCUUGUGAAUGCCUCUGUUGCCUUCUAUAAAACUUCUGAACAGGUGUGCAGUGUGCUGGAAAGCCUGGAGCAAGAAUAUAAGCGAGAAGAAGAUUGGUGUGGGGGAGCAGACAAACUGGGUCCCAACUCUGAAACAGAUCAUGUUACUCCCAUGAUAAGCAAACACCUGGAGCAGAAGGAAGCGUUUCUAAAGGCCUGCACACUGGCUCGGAGGAAUGCUGAUGUCUUCCUGAAAUACCUGCACAGGAACAGUGUCAACAUGCCAGGGAUGGUGACACACAUCAAAGCACCUGAACAACAAGUGAAAAAUAUCUUGAAUGAACUCUUCCAGAGGGAGAACCGUGUGCUGCACUACUGGACCAUGCGUAAAAGACGUCUCGAUCAAUGCCAACAGUAUGUGGUGUUUGAAAGAAGUGCCAAACAGGCUCUGGAAUGGAUUCAUGACAAUGGAGAGUUUUAUUUAUCUACACAUACUUCUACUGGUUCCAGUAUCCAGCACACUCAAGAGUUGUUAAAAGAACAUGAAGAAUUUCAGAUUACAGCAAAGCAAACCAAAGAGAGGGUGAAGUUGUUGAUACAGCUGGCUGAUGGCUUUUGUGAAAAAGGGCAUGCUCAUGCAACAGAGAUUAAAAAAUGUGUCACAGCAGUGGAUAAGAGGUACAGAGACUUUUCCCUGCGCAUGGAGAAAUACAGGACCUCUUUAGAGAAAGCUCUGGGUAUUUCAUCCGAUUCCAAUAAAUCGAGCAAAAGCUUGCAGCUGGAUAUAAUCCCAGCCAGUGUCCCUGGGUCAGAGGUGAAAUUGCGUGAUGCUGCUCAUGAGCUUAACGAAGAAAAACGGAAGUCUGCCCGCAGGAAAGAGUUCAUUAUGGCUGAGCUAAUUCAGACAGAAAAGGCUUACGUAAGAGACCUCCGGGAAUGCAUGGAUACAUAUCUAUGGGAAAUGACAAGUGGAGUUGAGGAGAUCCCACCUGGUAUUGUAAACAAAGAACACAUUAUCUUUGGAAACAUGCAGGAAAUUUAUGAGUUCCACAAUAAUAUAUUUCUCAAGGAGCUGGAAAAAUAUGAACAGUUACCAGAAGAUGUUGGACAUUGCUUUGUUACUUGGGCAGACAAAUUCCAGAUGUACGUUACCUACUGCAAAAAUAAGCCAGAUUCUACUCAGCUGAUAUUAGAACAUGCGGGAGCAUACUUUGAUGAGAUACAACAACGACAUGGACUGGCCAACUCUAUCUCCUCUUACCUUAUCAAACCUGUCCAAAGGAUAACAAAAUACCAGCUUCUUUUAAAGGAGCUGCUUACGUGCUGUGAAGAAGGUAAAGGAGAGAUUAAGGAUGGCCUGGAGGUGAUGCUUAGUGUGCCAAAGCGAGCCAAUGAUGCCAUGCACCUCAGUAUGCUGGAAGGCUUUGAUGAAAAUAUAGAAUCUCAGGGAGAGCUCAUCCUUCAAGAAUCCUUCCAAGUGUGGGACCCAAAAACUCUGAUUCGAAAGGGAAGAGAGAGGCACCUUUUCCUUUUUGAGAUGUCCUUGGUUUUCAGUAAAGAAGUAAAGGACUCGAGCGGAAGGAGCAAGUACAUUUACAAGAGCAAGCUGUUUACUUCUGAACUGGGUGUCACAGAACAUGUAGAAGGAGACCCCUGCAAGUUUGCUCUAUGGGUUGGAAGGACACCAACUUCAGAUAACAAAAUUGUUCUCAAGGCAUCCAGUAUAGAGAAUAAACAGGACUGGAUCAAACACAUCCGGGAAGUGAUACAAGAAAGAACUAUUCAUCUGAAAGGAGCACUGAAAGAACCCAUCCACAUUCCCAAAACUGCACCAACAACAAAACAGAAAGGAAGAAGAGAUGGUGAGGACCUGGACAGUCAGGGAGAUGGCAGCAGCCAGCCUGAUACUAUUUCAAUUGCCUCACGAACCUCCCAGAACACGCUAGACAGUGAUAAGUUGUCUGGUGGGUGCGAGCUGACGGUGGUGAUCCACGACUUCACCGCCUGCAAUAGUAACGAGCUGACAAUCCGCCGUGGGCAGACGGUGGAGGUCCUGGAGAGGCCCCAUGACAAACCCGACUGGUGUCUGGUGCGAACCACAGAUCGGUCCCCAGCUGCGGAAGGCCUGGUCCCCUGCGGGUCCCUCUGCAUCGCCCACUCCCGCAGCAGCAUGGAGAUGGAGGGCAUUUUUAACCACAAAGACUCUCUUUCGGUCUCCAGCAACGAUGCUAGUCCUCCCGCUUCCGUGACAUCGCUUCAGCCCCACAUGAUCGGUGCUCAAAGCUCCCCGGGCCCCAAGCGCCCUGGCAACACCUUGAGGAAAUGGCUCACCAGUCCUGUGAGGCGCCUUAGCAGUGGGAAGGCAGAUGGGCAUGUCAAAAAACUGGCCCACAAGCAUAAGAAAAGCAGAGAGGUCCGUAAAAGUGCUGAUGCAGGCUCUCAGAAGGACUCCGAUGACAGUGCAGCGACCCCACAAGAUGAAACUGUUGAAGAGAGGGGUCGGAACGAGGGGCUGAGCAGUGGCACACUUUCCAAGUCAUCCUCUUCAGGCAUGCAGAGCUGCGGAGAGGAGGAAGGUGAAGAGGGAGCAGAUGCUGUGCCGCUUCCUCCUCCCAUGGCAAUUCAGCAACACAGUCUCCUGCAGCCUGACUCACAAGAUGACAAGACAUCUUCUCGAUUGUUGGUGCGGCCCACCAGCUCUGAGACACCCAGUGCUGCAGAACUCGUCAGUGCAAUUGAAGAGCUUGUCAAAAGUAAAAUGGCUCUGGAGGACCGUCCAAGUUCCUUGUUGGUAGAUCAAGGUGACAGCAGCAGUCCAUCCUUCAACCCUUCAGAUAACUCCCUUCUAUCCUCCUCAUCACCCAUAGAUGAGAUGGAGGAAAGGAAAUCCAGCUCCUUAAAAAGACGACACUAUGUCUUACAGGAAUUAGUGGAAACAGAGCGAGAUUAUGUGCGAGAUCUGGGCUAUGUAGUUGAGGGUUAUAUGGCACUUAUGAAGGAAGAUGGUGUACCUGAUGAUAUGAAAGGCAAAGACAAGAUUGUAUUUGGAAACAUUCACCAGAUUUAUGACUGGCACAGAGACUUCUUUUUAGGAGAGUUGGAGAAGUGCCUUGAAGAUCCAGAAAAGCUGGGAUCCCUGUUUGUUAAACAUGAGAGAAGGUUGCACAUGUACAUAGUUUACUGCCAAAACAAACCAAAGUCUGAGCACAUUGUCUCAGAAUACAUUGAUACAUUUUUUGAGGAUCUAAAGCAGCGCCUGGGCCACAGACUUCAGCUCACGGACUUGCUAAUAAAACCUGUUCAGCGAAUUAUGAAAUACCAGCUGUUACUGAAGGACUUCCUCAAGUAUUCUAAAAAAGCUAAUCUUGACACAACAGAACUAGAGAAAGCUGUAGAGGUCAUGUGUAUAGUACCAAAACGGUGUAAUGACAUGAUGAAUGUUGGCCGCCUGCAAGGAUUUGAUGGUAAAAUUGUAGCCCAGGGUAAGCUCCUGCUCCAGGACACAUUCUUGGUUACAGACCAGGAUGCGGGACUUCUGCCACGCUGCAAGGAGAGACGGGUCUUCCUGUUUGAGCAGAUUGUCAUUUUCAGUGAGCUGCUAGAUAAAAAGAAAGGUUUCUCCAUGCCCGGAUUCUUGUUUAAAAACAGUAUCAAGGUGAGUUGCCUUUCCCUGGAGGAAAAUGUGGACAGCGAUCCAUGUAAAUUUGCACUAACAUCAAGAACGGGUGAUGUCACGGAGACCUUUGUUUUGCAUUCUGCCAGUCCAGGAGUCCGCCAGUUAUGGAUCCAUGAAAUUAACCAAAUUUUGGAAAACCAGCGCAACUUUUUAAAUGCCUUGACGUCCCCGAUCGAGUACCAGAGGAACCACAGCAGUGGUGGAGGCGGCGGCGGGAGCAGCAGCGGUAACAGCAGUGGCCCCAGCAGCUGUAGUGGCAUCCCCAGCUCCAGCCGUAGCCGGCCAUCCCGGAUCCCCCAGCCUGUCAGACACCAUUCCCCAGUCCUGGUCUCCUCUGCAGCCUCGGCCCAAGCAGAGGCAGACAAGAUGUCAGGUAUGUCCAUUCACAAUCACUCCCUGCCACACUACAACACCCCAUUAGAAACUGGCCUGACACAGUCAGACAGGCACCCUCCCAGUGCAGAGCCGGAUGGUCCUCAGAGAGAAGCUGAACAGAUUCCCAAGAUGAAAGUUAUUGAAAGUCCCAGGAAGACAGCAGGAAACAUUUCUGGCUCAGCUGAUGGAGUCCAGAAAGACUCACGUGGAAUCUCAGAGGACAGUCGAACAAGAAACAGCAUAGGAUCACUGACGCUUGGGAAGCCAAGGCCAGGAGCCAUCUCUCCAAUGAACUCUCCUCUGUCUACGACUUUCCCUUCUCCUUUUGGCAAGGAAACCUUUCCACCCAGCAGCCCCCUGCAGAAGGGCUCCUUUUGGAGCUCCAUCCCAGCAUCCCCUGCCAGCCGCCCUGGCUCCUUCACUUUCCCUGGGGACAGUGACUCCCUCCAGCGGCAGGUCCACCGCCACUCUUCACACAGCAAGGACACAGAUCGCAUGAGCACAUGCUCCUCGACCAGCGAGCAGUCAGUUCACUCCACUCAGAGUAAUGGGAGUGAAAGUAGCAGCAGUAGCAAUAUCUCCACCAUGCUGGUGACACACGAUUACACGGCAGUGAAGGAGGAUGAGAUAAAUGUCUACCAAGGAGAGGUCGUGCAGAUUCUAGCCAGCAACCAACAGAACAUGUUUUUGGUGUUCAGAGCCGCCACCGAUCAGUGCCCCGCAGCCGAGGGCUGGAUUCCCGGCUAUGUCUUAGGGCAUACCAGUGCAAUCAUCAUUGACAACCCUGAUGGAACCAUCAAGAAGUCAACGUCUUGGCACACAGCACUCCGAUUAAGGAAGAAAUCUGAGAAAAAAGAUAAAGACGGCAAAAGGGAAGGCAAGCUAGAAAAUGGUUAUCGUAAAUCCCGAGAAGGACUUGCCAACAAGGUUUCUGUAAAACUUCUCAACCCCAAUUACAUUUAUGAUGUUCCCCCAGAGUUUAUAAUUCCAUUGAGUGAGGUAACAUGUGAGACAGGAGAGACCAUCGUGCUUAGGUGUAAAGUCUGUGGUCGCCCCAAGGCUUCAGUUACUUGGAAAGGUCCUGAUCAUAACACACUGAGCAAUGACGGUCAUCACAGCAUUUCGUACAGUGACCUGGGAGAGGCGUCGCUGAAAAUCGUUGGCGUCACUGCGGAAGACGAUGGUAUCUACACGUGCAUAGCUGCAAACGACAUGGGUUCGGUUUCAUCCUCCACCAGUCUACGAGUUUUAGGUCCUGGAAGUGAUGGGAUCAUGGUAAUCUGGAAAGACAACUUUGAUUCCCACUAUAGUGAAGUGGCUGAGCUUGGCAGGGGCAGAUUUUCUGUCGUUAAGAAGUGUGACCAGAAGGGAACCAAGCGAGCAGUAGCCACUAAGUUUGUGAAUAAGAAAUUGAUGAAGCGAGACCAGGUUACCCAUGAACUUGGAGUCAUGCAGAAUCUUCAGCAUCCCCAGCUCAUUGGCCUUCUCGAUACCUUUGAGACCUCCACCAGCUACGUACUAGUGUUAGAAAUGGCUGACCAGGGUCGCCUUCUAGACUACGUUGUGCGAUGGGGAAGCCUCACAGAAGGGAAGAUCAGACUCUACCUGGGAGAGAUUCUGGAAGCUGUGCAGUACCUUCAUAACUGCAGAAUAGCACAUUUGGACCUAAAGCCUGAAAAUAUUUUGGUGGACCAGAGUUCCACUAAGCCAACAAUAAAACUGGCUGACUUUGGAGAUGCAGUCCAGCUCAAUACCAUGUAUUAUAUCCACCAGUUACUUGGAAACCCAGAGUUUGCAGCUCCUGAAAUUAUUCUUGGAAAUCCUGUUUCACUCACUUCAGAUGUUUGGAGCAUUGGAGUGCUCACUUAUGUCCUUCUUAGUGGCGUCUCUCCUUUUCUGGAUGAAAGUGUAGAGGAAACUUGCCUGAAUAUUUGCCGCUUAGACUUUAGUUUCCCAGAUGACUACUUCAAAGGAGUUAGCCAGAAGGCCAAAGAUUUUGUAUGCUUCCUACUUCAGGAUGACCCAGCUAAGCGUCCCUCGGCUGCACUGGCCCUCCAGGAGCAAUGGCUGCAGCUGGGGAAUAGCAAAAGUGCUGACAGCAUUGAUAUAUCUAGACUGACUUCAUUCAUUGAGCGGCGAAAACACCAGAAUGAUGUUCGGCCCAUCCGUAGCAUUAAAAACUUCUUACAGAGCAGGCUCUUGCCAAGAGUUUGACCUUGCUUGAAGUUCUCUCUCAUUCUCUUUCACCUGCCAAUCAAUCAGACUGGAGAUGGACUCCUCCUGCCAAUCAAUCAGACUGGAGAUAGACUCCUUCUGCCAAUCAGCUGUUGACUUGAAUUUUGAGGAAAGCAAACCCCAAGCCAACCAGCUGCUAGUGAAUGUUCGUGUGCAAAUGCAUUCCACGGGGACCCACGCAGGGUGGUGUGGGGGACUGGAGAUGCAGACUUCACGGGGGUGGAGGACAAUAGCACUGUACUCAGCAAAAAGCAGUCACAAGCGAUACAGCAACAGUAUUUUAUUCAGGUUUCUGCAAAAAAAAAAAAUAGUUUUUUUAAUAAACAAGAGUUGAAUUUUGCAAGUGAACUUAGCUACCGUUUUCAUGAUUUAUUCAAGGAAGAAAUGCCUAUGUUUAAAGCACUGGUGUUACACAAAAAUCAGAUCACGCCUGGAGAAGACUCACCAAAAUGGCUGCCCAUAGGUACCGCCUCCAUUUAUAACAUCUGGUUUUCACUUGGUCCUAGAGCUUUCCAGUUGCCUCGCCUGUAUGUAUCUCACGUAGCAGUGCACUGAGAUCAGACUCUGCUUUUAAGUGCAUCCAACCUCAAAAGAUUUUGCAUACAAAUAGAAUGAAUUGUUUUGCUCUGAUAAAAUGUAGGCCUUACUUGUAUAUAGACUGUUACCUGCCUUCAGUCUGUAAUUUUUUCCCCCUCCUCUUAUCCUUUUUUCUCCCCUCCUUCCUAAAUGGUGGUAUACCACUGUGCGGGUCUUCAGUUUGGGUCAGUAGUCACUGUCCCACCAGAAAAGAACCUUGGGUUGGUGCCCAGCUUGCUGACCCAAUUGUCAAGCAGUAUACAGCAGGAUAAAAUACUGUAAAUGCACUCAUUUGGGAUUUUGUUUUCUUUCAUAUCAUGUGCAAUGUUGUGGCUUUAACAUUUUAUGCAACUAUUUAUGAGGACCUCUGUUGUAACUGUAAUAAAUAUAUAGAAAAAGCACAUGCUUAGUA